UCUUCAAUUAAAGUCACAAUUUUUCUUAAUUUGAAAUUUUUAAGGAAUCGUAUAAACAUAAAUAAGAAGCAAAAUGAAAUUCUUUUUACUUUUCGUGUUAAUAAUGUCCAUAAAAGUAAGAUUAAGUUAUGCAAACUUUUUACAGUGUUCCCAUAAUCGUUAUUUUCUAAACUUUUUUAACCAUAAUGAAAGAUUUUUGUUACAAUUCGAAAAAGAUAAAGAUAAUAUCACAAUCCAAAAUCUUAUGAAUUAUGGCAAGGCACUACAAACACACAGUAAAGUAAUUAUGUUAUUUUUGGAUGAUUUGAUGCACAGUAAAUCAUAUAAAUAUCCUUUUACGUUGAUCGCAAUAAAUAUGUACUUAAAUAACAUUUCUGACUCUUUAAAUAUGAUUUCUCUAACCAAAAAUGAUGAAAAAAAUGAUGCUACAAAAUUAUUAGAAGGCUAUAAGAUUAUUCACGUUGCAGUUAAAAAUCAACUAAAUAUUUUCAUUAAUACGCAUUGUAUAAAUACACCAAUUAUUAAUCAUAUGGUUAGUUGCAAUCCGCCAAUCGGUGAAAAUGAAUAUACUACUACUAAUCUAAUAAAUAUAAAUAAUCAUCUCAAAGAUAAAAUAUUGAAGAAGUUUUAUUUAUCAAUAAACAGAAAUUCAUACGAAAAUUUUCAUCCGAAAAAUUUUUUGUUUUACAAAAUAAUGACCCAACAAAUUAUCAGCAACAAAAAUAAUAUUAUAAAAAUAGAUAAUAGUAAACAUAUAGAAUUAAAUUUACUUCGAUUCACUCCACUGAACUUUCAAUGCUCUGACGAUACUCGUUUAACUAUACAAGAUAUAUUUGAGUAUGUGAAAUAUGAUUUUAAUUCUAAAGAUGUUUUAGAAUACAUAAACAUGGUAAUUGUGGCUACAUUUCGACCAAUAGCUAUUCUUAUACGAAAUUUUUCAACUUUAAUUAAAGCUGCAUCUUCAGAAAAUUCAAAUAGUGCAUCAUGUCCUUUAAAAUCUAUAUUAAUUGAAACGGGUCGAAUAAUAUUAAGUUAUAUAAAAGAAUUCAUAUCUCUCAGCUUGUUCAAUGAGGAAUGGAUAACAUUUCUGCGAAAUAUUAUUAAUCAAUUUAUUUAUAGCUUAAACAAUUAUACCAUAAAAAUAGAAUUGUCCAAUGUGGACAUAAAAUGUAUUAAUAUAUUAAUUCAAUCACUUACGAAAUUUUUUAUCAGAAACAAUAUUUACUUUACAUCUGAUGUUGAUCUAACAAAUAAAAAUAUUAAUGAAUAUAAUUCCAAUGAAAUUCUAGAACAAUUAAAAAAUAUCAUGCAAAAAGUUGAUAUACAUAUAAAAGAUUUGAAAAAAUGGAGUAAUUAUCUUAAUUUAAUUAUAAAAAAUUGUAGCAUUCCGAAUUGGAAAAAUUCAUUUCAUAAUCAUUUUAUUAAUUCUAAUGUUUCAAAUAUUAUUUGUAGUACUGAAUCACAUUUUGAAAUAUACAAAGCUAGUAAGAAUGAGUGUAAUAUAAUUGAUGUAGGAUAUUUUAAGAAACCUGAUAUUACACAAUUUGACUUAGAGAAAUUAAAAGAUGAACCUGAUAAUAAUGAUAAUAAUGAUACCAUUAAUACUCAACCUUGUAAACCUCUUUAUAUGAUCGAUUAUUUGCCAUACAACAUUUAAAUUGAUUUUAUUGUUUUUAUUUUAAAUAUUUUGUAACGUCUUACUUAUUUGCAAAAAGUUUAUUUUUUCAAAUUUAGUAUACAGGUUAUUACUUUUAAAACUAGUCACUCGAUUUCUUUUAAAAUAAAAAUUAUAUUUAGUACUCAUUAGUUUUAUAUAUUCUCUAUUUGAAAUUAUUUAUUGUUUCUUAAUUCAUCUAUUAUAAUUUAAUACAUUUUUAAUGUAUAUUGUUUUAUUAAUGUUAAUUAAUAUAAUAAAUAGUUAGUUU